CAUAAUACAGGCAAAACACUUUAGUCUUUCAUUUCACUUAAGCUCACAGAUCAGACUAAGUGAACAUCAAAAGGAAGACCAAAGAAGCUGACACUCCAGUUAUGAAGAGCAAGCAAAUGCUGAGGCCUUUAGCAGCAAUUCUGCUUUUCACAUUUCUUGCAACAGCUGAUUCGGAAAGCCACCUUCUAGUUAAAUCAAAAUGCAAGUGCCUGACUGUGACGUCCAAAACGGUUGUUAGUGAAUCGCCUACUGGUGGACGUGUGGAGCAGCUCAUGAGAGAUAUAAAAAUUAUAGUUCCCAUGAGGAGCAGAGAGAACAUUUCAGAUCCAACCUCCCCUCUUCGGACCAAGUUUGUCUACAAAAUUUCAGAUUUCUGCAAGGAUUGCAACCAAAAGCCAACCUCACCUGGAGAACCCCAGUGCAAACCCGAACCUCCCUCUGCAGAUACCUGUUACAGCAGUGACAACAAAGAAUGCCUGUACCAUAAAAUCAACCUGGGAAAUGGCAGACAAAUGGAUGCUGUUCUGAAUCCCGAAUGCCUCAGACACGAACAGAACCACUGGAUUCCAGAGCCCACACAGCCUCCUAUUGAAACAACAUAUGAUCCAUCUUCAAUGUCAGAUGCUCCAUAGGUUGUUCUUCAAAGAAUUACAUCCAUUUCCUUAAUGCAUUUUCUGCUUUGACAUUGUCACAUUAGCCUUUUGUCAUCUUUAAACAGAUCAUAAAAUGCUUCAUAGCAUCAAAACAUGUUUUGUGCAAA